AUGCGACCUGAGUUCGAUCUGCCCGGGGAUCUGCUGGUGAUGCCCUUCACCAACGUCCUCGACCUCAAGAGGGAUCAAGCAGCAGAGGCGGCCAACGCACUCGUCCUGCGGUUGAAGGUUCUGCGGAUGCUCUUGCAUGCGGUGAAGCAAACCGUGGAGGCAACCAGCGAUCCCUUGCAGGUGAAGUUCUACAAUGCCUUGCAGACCUGCCAGGAUCCCUUUGCCUGGGGCCACCAAGAGUGGAGCAUCAUCGGGGAGAUGUCGUCCUCGUGCUCUGCGCCCUCGUCCUCGUCCUCGUCCUGUGCCUCGAUGGUGAAGACGAUCAACGCGAUCCAAGCAGGGGUCCACGACUCAAGCUUCUUCAAGGCGGUGCAGAGCUCUGCCAGGGAAGAGCAUCCCGAAGUCCGGGCUCUGGUGUCAGGCUGCCUGGACAGUUGGCGCAUGACCUCGUCCUCGCAGGCCCCAGAGCCGGCAGUCGAGAGCCAGGACGGCGUCGAGGAGGACAGCUACGUCGACGUCACCGCGGAGAUGAUUCCGACGCUGGCCACGGAGUCGGACUCCGAGAAAAGGAGAAGACUAGCCAUCUCCGCGGCCAAGGAGGAGAUGGCCUUCUACUUGCAGGCCCUCGUCUUCGACCUCGAUCAGCCCUCGUCCAAAAAGGGACUUGUGGAGGCACUGUCUGGCAACACUUUCUUGAAA